CACAUUCUGUGGCUAGCCAAGCCUAAUUCCAUUCUCAACCUCCACAUAUACGCCGAAUAGGCAGGCACAGAUGACAGUUAUCUGCAGUUUUUGAUAAUUCAACGUUCACCUGGCUUCUAGUAAAUUCUCUAAUAGCAAGAAAUGCAACUCGAAAAAACUCCGGGUCCUCUUCUCUCUCCUGCUGUGCCUUGUUAGGUAGCUAGGUCAUGAAAGCUGUGCGGAGAGGGCCAGGUAAUAUCCCUAAUGACAGAAAAGAAGAUUUUCAGCUUACCUCCGACCUCGACACAGUGCAUUGCACUACCAGAGGUACGUAGGCCUGCAACUUCUUUGAACACUGAAGUAGUAGGCCUACGCAGUGGGAAAAUAAUGUUUGGAUUUUGUUCUUUUUGACGGAGUUAGGAAAGUAUUCUUCGUUGUCCUGCAGUUGGUGAAUCCCAAGGAUGUAGAAAUAGUCCAAAAUGCAAAUGGGCGGAACUCCAACGCACACACCCAUAGACCAACACCUUAAAAGGCUAUGCACAUUUACCUCACCAAGACGCAGAAGCAGGCUGGAAAGAUGAGCACCAACAACCCCGAGGACUGGUGCUUACGGCUGAUUCUUCUUUGUUGUUCCUUAAAGACACUUCAUGGCUCAGGCUGGGACGUGUACCAGUCCCCUGAUUUCAUAGAGGAGAUGGUGGGUAACUCCAUUACACUGAAAUGUCACAUCGCAAACAUCGUAUUUGAAAACUCCUGCGAGUCCAUAAUUUGGGCUAAAGUACACCCAAGGAACGGGGAAUUGGUUGUUGCGGACCCCGCAUCAGAUAAAAACUUUGAUGCAGCCAAAAACGAAACUACAAAAUCAUGUGAUUUAAUAGUCAUAGGCCAGAGCCAGGCAUAUUCUGGCAUGUACUAUUGUUGGGCUAAAGCAGCGAGUAUAAGAAUUCAAGGAAAUGGAUCAAGAGUGUCAUUCACAGGAACUUUAACCGCUUCUGUGGAGCUUUUUUCGCCACGGAACAGUAACGCCUCAAGUGUGCCGUUUAUCUGUUGGGCGAAAGGAGUUGUCCCAUCACAAGUCCGUAUCUUCUGGAUUAUGGAUGGAAGUGAAUAUAAUGGACACACUGAAUCUAUUUGGUCUAACGACAGUCAUAAAGCAACAGAAUUCACUCAAAGUCGGACUUGGUUCCCUGACUGGACAGGUGUAGCUGGGAUAGAGUGUACGUGUGUGGUCGAAAUACGAGGAAAGAACAUUUCAAAAACCAUUCAAUAUAUGCCAGGAUCAGCUCCGAACAGCGCGUGCUUAGUCCUUGUGUAUGGAAUCUCUUUUACAUCACUUUUCAUCGUGGCAGGAUGGCUUCUGGUUGUUAUAUAUCAUGGGCAAAAAAGUAAGAAAACUCACAAGAUAGACCACAGACAUAAAUUCAGUAAACAUGGAACAGAUACUCUUAAAGGACCAUCUUACAAUGAAGUGCUGUAUUCCAGUCUGAAAAACAUCCAGCCGCCAACAAGUGCUGGACUUCAAAGGGAUUAUGUGGCAGAAAACGGAGCGGAAGUUAUCUGUUUAGAUUAGAUGGACAUAUUCAUCUGCACAGUGUCAGUUCCUUCAUUUGGUUAAUUGUGCAGUAAAAUACUUUCAAAUAUAAUGUAUUGCAUAUUAAUUAACAUUUUAUGCAUAUUUGCAUUUUGUGUGUAUUGCAUUAUAUGGCUUUGUACUUUGCACAAUGACAAUAAAAGAUGACCCUA